AUGGGGAACAGCAAGAGCGGGGCGCUGUCCAAGGAGAUCCUGGAGGACCUGCAGCUGAACACCAAGUUCACGGAGGAGGAGCUGUGCACCUGGUACCAGUCCUUCCUGAAGGAGUGCCCCAGCGGCCGCAUCACCCGGCAGGAGUUCGAGAGCAUCUACGCCAAGUUCUUCCCCGACGCCGACCCCAAGGCCUAUGCCCAGCACGUGUUCCGCAGCUUCGACGCCAACAGCGAUGGCACGCUGGACUUCAAGGAGUACGUGAUCGCCCUGCACAUGACCACGGCGGGCAAGCCCAGCCAGAAGCUGGAGUGGGCCUUCUCCCUGUACGACGUGGACGGCAACGGCACCAUCAGCAAGAACGAAGUGCUGGAGAUCGUCAUGGCUAUUUUCAAAAUGAUCAAUCCUGAGGACAUAAAGCACCUGCCAGAUGACGAGAACACGCCCGAGAAGCGGACUGAAAAGAUCUGGGGUUUCUUCGGAAAGAAGGACGAUGAUAAACUGACAGAGGAAGAAUUCAUUGAAGGAACCAUGGCCAAUAAGGAAAUCCUGCGACUGAUCCAGUUCGAGCCUCAAAAAGUGAAGGAAAGGAUAAAAGAAAAGAAGCAAUGA